AUUGGUUCAUUUACGGGGGCUUGUUGUCACAGCAACCGUCAGGGUUAGGGUCCGACCGCGGUGCGGGGCUGAGGAUCGCUACCAGCGUUGCCCAACGUCAUCGGCCGCUGGUGCCCGUUUCCAUUUGCAUGUCGCGCCCUCUCAUGAACCCCGCCCAGUGCAACCAUGUCGUCACAGCAGCGGUCGGCGUCGGUCGCCGGCGGGCGGGAAAAGACGUACUUUGAGCAGCAGCGGGAAGAGCUCAUAGGGGAAAUUGCCAUGAGCUUUGAGCAUGUCCUGGCCAACAUCAACAAACUGAACCGCUCGCUCGAGGCCGUUAUUGCUGUGGGCAACGAAUUCUCCUCGGUUGAAGCGCUGUGGUCGCAGUUUGAGAAUGUCAUGGCCAAGGAUCCCGAAGAGGACAAGGCCAAAUCCGAGGAGCAAACUGAGGGCCAGGAUGCGGCAGACCAGUCCAAGCAAGAAUGAACAAUGAUGGACAAGAAGACGAACUUGGUUCCGGAUGGCAGAGUGCGAUACUGUAAACGGACUCCCGGUGGGCGGAAUAGAAGACUGGGAGGGCACAUUGAUACCUCUACUCCAUGAUACCCAACAAUACACAGAGGCUCCAAUGAGCCCGUCACGUAUUCUACAAGGCACAGAACAGUGUUUUAAAUCGUGUUUCCUCGUUAUGUUCCCUACCCCUAUUCCUAACACUCACACAAGAAGAGAAUAUCAUUUGUUACA